CUCUCCUGACAGAGCAGAGACAAAGGAACUUGAUGUUUACCUGAGAACGGCCCGACUGGUUUUUCUCACAGCCAAGGGACAAAGGAGGAGGACCGUAACUUUUCUCCUUGGAAUCCCAGGUGAAAGACAUCAGUUAUUCUGAGUUCUAGACUACACCUGGUGAAUGGAGAGAUCAGUUAUUCUGAGUUCUAGACUACACCUGGUGAAUGGAGAGAUCAGUUAUUCUGAGUUCUAGACUACACCUGGUGAAUGGAGAGAUCAGUUAUUCUGAGUUGUAGACUACACCAGGUGAAUGGAGAGAUCAGUUAUUCUGAGUUCUAGACUCCACCUGGUGAAUGGAGAGAUCAGUUAUUCUGAGUUCUAGACUACACCUGGUGAAUGGAGAGAUCAGUUAUUCUGAGUUCUAGACUACACCUGGUGAAUGGAGAGAUCAGUUAUUCUGAGUUCUAGACUACACCUGGUGAAUGGAGAGAUCAGUUAUUCUGAGUUCUAGACUACACCUGGUGAAUGGAGAGAUCAGUUAUUCUGAGUUCUAGACUACACCUGGUGAAUGGAGAGAUCAGUUAUUCUGAGUUCUAGACUACACCUGGUGAAUGGAGAGAUCAGUUAUUCUGAGUUCUAGACUCCACCUGGUGAAUGGAGAGAUCAGUUAUUCUGAGUUCUAGACUACACCCGGUGAAUGGAGAGAUCAGUUAUUCUGAGUUCUAGACUCCACCUGGUGAAUGGAGAGAUCAGUUAUUCUGAGUUCUAGACUCCACCUGGUGAAUGGAGAGAUCAGUUAUUCUGAGUUCUAGACUACACCCGGUGAAUGGAGAGAUCAGUUAUUCUGAGUUCUAGACUACACCUGGUGAAUGGAGAGAUCAGUUAUUCUGAGUUCUAGACUACACCUGGUGAAUGGAGAGAUCAGUUAUUCUGAGUUCUAGACUACACCAGGUGAAUGGAGAGGAGAAUGUGACAGGGAAGUGGACGUUACGUUUCUAGAACUUCUGGAGUUAAUGUAAGAGGGUGCUGGAUAAUUUAAUGGAAAUAAGGACUGGAAGUUUGACUGGAUUUCAUGGAGAUAACUCAGUGGCUCACCCAGUGGGUAACAGGGAGUCGUUCUACCUCUCCCAGAGCUGCUAAGCGCCCCGGACUGCGCCGAAGCAAACCGCGUAGAGUGACUGUUCUGAGAACGUCAUGUUUCGCUGCUCUCGGCGGUGCGCUCUUUUUCCUCCUUGGAGUGUGUUUGCUCAAUCUCCCGGACCCGCAACAGCAACCCUUCCCUCUGACUGAAGGUGAACCCAGAGAUGUCACCCUUCUGCUGUGGACGCACCCCUUCGGUCGUUACCGCAGACUGCCGGACUGUGAGGCGCGCUUUGGGAUCCGUGGGUGCGUACUGACCGACGACCGGCGCAUGUACCCUCGGGCUGACGCCAUCAUCAUGCACCACCGUGAGAUAACGACCAACGCCACGGCGCUCCCGUCUGACCCACGACCCCGUGGCCAGAAGUGGAUCUGGAUGAAUUUUGAGUCCCCGUCUCACACUCGUGGUCUGCGGCGGUUCGAGGGCGUGUUCAAUCUCACCAUGACCUACCGUGCAGAUUCAGACAUAUUCCUUCCUUACGGCUACCUGGUGCCCCGCCUUCGCCCUCACGCCAACGCCCCCCCACACACACGACCCAGACGGCCCCACCUACUGGCCUGGGUCAUCAGUAACUGGUCGGAGUCGCAGGCCCGCGUGGCGUAUUACCGUCGGCUGGUUAACUACGUUGACGUGGAUGUGUUCGGGCGAGCAGGCGUGCCACUGCCAGAGGACAGCACUGUGGUGCGCACGGUGAGGCGUUACCUGUUCUAUCUGGCGUUGGAGAACUCCCAGCACCCCGACUACAUCACCGAGAAGCUCUGGAACUCCUUACUGGCCGGGGCCGUUCCUGUAGUUCUCGGGCCGCCGCGGGAAAACUAUGAACGCUUCCUCCCACCUGAGGCCUUUAUCCACGUGGACGACUUCCCCUCUCCCCGCCUGCUCGCCCAAUACCUGUUGCUGCUACGCCGGAGCCCUGCCCUCCUGCAGAGACACCUGGCCUGGAGGAGGACCUACAGCGUACACCUGACUGCCUUUUGGGCGGAGCAUUACUGCACAGCGUGUCGCGCCGUGCGGAACCACAGACUCCGGACAAACACCAUCACCAACCUUCAGCGCUGGUUUGAGUCCUGACCUCAGUGCGGAACCACAGACUCCGGACUGACACCAUCACCAACCUUCAGCGCUGGUUUGAGUCCUGACCUUUGACUGGUUUCUGACCUUCUGAUAUGUGAACAUGAGCAGGGACCCCAUAGCAACUGUCUUUAACGACAUCUAGCAAACCGUGGUUCACGGGAAUGAACAUUUUGUAACAUCAUUGAACUGUGAUUCACUUGGUCUGUUAGUUAUUUGUAUUAGACAGGGUUCAGUAGGGUUAUGAAGUCAGUUGUGUCAGACUGUAUAAGAAACAUAGACAUUUUGCCUCAUGUGUGUGUGUGUGUGUGUGUCUGUGUGUGUGUGUGUGUGUGUGUGUGUGUGUGUGUGUGUGUCUGUGUGUGUGUGUGCGUGUGUGUGUCUGUGUGUGUGUCUGUGUGUGUGUGUGUGUGUCUGUGUGUGUGUGUGUGUGUGUGUGUGUGUGUGUGUGUGUGUGUGUGUGUGUGUGUGUGUGUGUGUGUGUGUUGUUUGACGUUUGACAGCUGCUUUUGGAAGCAUUCCUAAAACUAACAGAC